UUCAUUACCGUCCAACUCAGAUGAACUUUGACCCUGCUGCUCUGUGGCACUGUGGCAGCUCAUGGACAUGAUACACACUAGAAUGUCUCCUACGUUUUUUUAAUUUGACACAAAAGCCUGCAGAUGAGUUAAACAACAUUCACAGCAUCAGGGAAAGAUGAGGCAGAACAUGUUCCAAGAGGGACUGUACCAAGUGUUUUUUAAAGAGACACAUCCACCCAGACAGGGCACCAUUAACGGGGAGCUAAACAACGCCAGGAUUCAUCGUUGGUUUGGGACUGUGGUCAACACAAGACUUUUGGUCACCGGGCUUUUGGGUUUCCGUCAGGUGGUUCAGGUCUUCGGUGCCUUGGCUUGUAUACUCACAACAGUCAGUCAUGCAUGUGUGAGUUACGACUGUUCUGUCUCCAUGAUAACUCCAGUUUGGUCAAGCUUGUUUUAUCUGGCUGCUGGGUGUCUGGCAAUGGAGGUUCAGAGGAAAGCAAAUAAAUUAAGGAUCAUCGCUCUGAUGGGUCUGAACCUUUUCAGUCUGCUCUUUGGAUUUUCUGCUCUUCUAGCAAACAGCCUUGUGCCUGUGACACGUGCAGAACCCAGCUCAUACCAUCAGCGGGCUGGCUCGUAUGUUGCAAAAGUGAGCUCCAUCCUGUUCUCUAUCCAGUGUUUUUGGAGUACAUUCUACAUACUUUUCCUGGCAUGGAGAGGGUUGCACCGCUACAGUUCUCCUCAUAUUCAGGCCUACAGCCACAUCUCACAGGAUCCCGAGGACACCAACACACUGGUGGAAGAAGAAGUGAUGAAUCUGUGAAACUCUGACUAGAAAAUCUUUGAAAUGGAGUUACUGUUGUUGACAAGAACACUUUCAAGGACUGUUUGUGCAAUUCUGACGUAACAAUAGUGAAAUCAGACUACAUUACUUUACUUACUACAGCAACAGGUCUCAGGCCUUUAAAUGGUUAACUGCGUUUAAAUGACCUCUUCCUUUUUACUUGAUCGUAAUACUUGUCUUGAUGACACUGUUAAAUGAUAUUUGUUUGAAUGCUGUUUUUCCUGUUUUUCUUUAUUCUUCUUUUUCAAUCGUCUUCUGCCUAAAAGGAAAUGUGCACCCACACAUAUGGUACAUCAAUUCAACCUGCUUGGUCCCAGGAGUCUUGUAUUAACUUGAUAUUGUGUUCUGCGUUACCAUGGCAACGUGCUUAGCAACAACAUUUAACAACAUUCUAGACACAACUGUAUACUUUAAUAUAGAAAUGUUAUUCAAAGUUUAAAUGAGUCGUGACAUUGCACAUAGCUUUAUUAGUGCAGACUCCUGUCAUCUGUUACCAUGGCAACACAAGGAACUACAAAUCACUUUAAAGAGCAAGUCACCCCCAAAUAAACAGUUUUUUGCUGAUAAACUAAAUAAACGAGUGUCUAAUCGUGCUGCAGACACGUGUCGUCAAUAAUGUGGCACUUCAGUGCAUCUUAGUUAAAAUUUAAAUAUUCUGCCUAAAACUGUCAGUGUUGUGCCGUUGUCAGGUAAAAACUCUGCACUGUAUUUUAAUUUAAAUCUGCCACCGCUAUUGGCUAAGAGGUAUGCUAUGAUGUAAACUGGUACAUUAUGAUGUCACAAUGCUGUCGUGAGCCUGUGUGUGUGUGUGUGUGUGUGUAUUUGUUAGCAGCGCCGCCUUCUCGAUCUGCCAUGCAACAGCAUUUGUUGCAUUUUUCAAACAUGAAGUGAGAGUGGAGUUAGACUCUGGUAGGGGUUGACUUGCUCUUUAACCAAGUCUCAUAGGAAUGAAUAUAAAAAGCAGAAUAUUGAGCCAUUAACAGACUCCUGUUUUGAUCUUUUUGAACUGUUUGUACUUAAAACCAGAAAUAAGUUCAAUUUGAUUGACCGUCAGAAGGUGGGAAAGUGCCCCGCUCCCUCCCAGCUCCCUGAUUGGUUGAGAGAUGUCAAUCAUCUUCUGGCUAAAUGGAAUUACACACCUACGCAUGUGAGACAUCAAAUCGAUCGACUUGGGCUUAGGAAUCCAUCCAUCUACAUAUAAAUCCAUCCAUCCAUCCAUCCAUCCAUCCAUCCAUUCAUCCAUCCAACAAUCCAUCUGUUAUUUCAUUAAUCCAACCAUUCAUCCAUCCCAUAUCAAAUCUGAACAUAUGUUAAUCUAUCAGUUUCAGAUAUCAGCAAAUAUUUCUAAAUUCACAGUUCAGCCAAUUGUAAAAAUGUACCCGUUAAACUAUUCUCAUUCAAAUGCCAGCUGUUUAGCAUUUCAAAUUUCGAGUUUUUAUAAAUGUUCAAAGAUUAAAAAUUUCUGCUGUUUAGCAUUUUUUUUAUCCAUUCUUCACCUAUAUUCUGAGCUUUGUUACACUUGUUGGUGAUUUUUGCUUCUAGAUCUUUAAAUUCAUUCAGCUCAUUUUGACAGUUUAGCUUAGUUUCAGCUUCACUUCUGCUAUUCAGCAGCUUCAGCAAUCCGUUUCUGAAUUCGGUUUAUGCUACUCAUUUCACAGUUCAACUAAAUAUAAAAAUUAAACUGUUAAACUAGUCCUACUCAAACAACAAGUGUUUAGACAUUUUUGCUGUCCAGAUUUUUAAAUAAUGUUCAGAUUUCAGUUUUCUGCUGUUCAGGAUUGUUUUGUCCGUUCUUCACUUUUUGUGCUUUAUUUACAUUUUGGUGCUUUUUGCUUCUAAAUCUUUCAAAACAUUCAGCUCAUUUUAACAGUUUAGCUUAGUUUCAGCUUCAGCAAUUAGUUUCUGAAUUCAGCAUAUGAUGCUAAUUUCACAGUUCAGCUAAAUGUAAAAAUUAAACUGUUAAAAUAGUCCUACUGAAAUAACAAGUGUUUAGACAUUUUAGCUGUCCAAUUUUUUUAAACAGUGUUCACAGAUUUGAGUUUUCUGCUAUUUAGGAUUAGUUUUCUUGAUUCUUCACUUACUUUUUGUGCUUUUUUGGCUUCUUGGUGCUUUUUGCUUUCAUAUCUUUCACUACAUUCAGCUCAUUUGACAGUUUAGCUUAGUUUCAGCUUACUUCAGCUAUUCAACAACUUCAGCAAUCAGUUACCAAAUUUAGCAUAAACUGCUAAUUUCACAGUUCAGCUAAAUGUAAAGAUUAAACUGUUAAACUUGGCAAACUGAAAUAACAGGUGUUUUUAGCUGUCCAGAUUUUUAUUUAAUGCUCACAGAUUUUAUUAUUAUCAUUAUUAUUAUUAUUAUUUUGCUAUUUAGCAUUAUUUUUCUCUAUUCUUCACUUACUUUUUGUGCUUUAUUUGCUUGUUGGUGCUUUUUGCUUCUACAUCUUUCAAGACAUUCAGCUCAUUUUGACAGUUUUGCUUAAUUUCAGCUGUUCAGCAGCUUCAGCUUACAGUUUCAGCUAUCCAGCAUUCAAACAGCAUUUGUGCAAUAAAUGCAAUUUUCUAGUUCUA